AUGUUUCACACAUUCAACUUCGAAGCUCCUCUACUUACGAGUGGCAUUGCCCUCGGAGCUCCAUUGACACAGAAAUCAGCUCGCAGAGUCAAUCGUUCGUGCGUUGAAUGCACAAGACGAAAAAUCAAAUGUGAUAGAGGGCAUCCUUGUGCUAAUUGUCGCGCCAACAAGUUAGCGCCCACCUGUGCAUAUCGAAUUCGCUCCCGUCGACAUGCUGUGUCCGUGAACGACCUUCAAGAAGUCUCAUCUGGUCUCGAAGCACAUAGGGAGUUGCUUUCAAAACUCUUCCCUUCAUUCGAUAUCGAUGAUCUGAGAACCAAGACAAGAGACCAGCUUCUCCAAAUCCUGGCCAGAAACGCUGGAGAUGAUGACCAUUUGGGCUCGGAGUCCGAGAUUGAUGACUCUGGCCCAGUCUCUGAAAAUGGAGAGGAGCCUGAUAGGCACUGGGAUGAGCUACAGCCUGGAGCGGAUGAAGCUAUGAAAUCAAGUGACGACAUUAACGCUGUCUCGCUGGCGUACGAUCAACAUCGAAGGUCUUAUCUUGGGUCUGCUUCAAUCAGCGCUAUCCUCCGCACUAUCUUCAGACUUUGUCCUGCUGCAAAAUCUCACGUUGCUGCGAGUGCUAGAAAUUGGCUCAAGCCCCUCUCAGGGUUGCAAGCGGGACAGCACGUGGAGCCUACCAAAGCGGACGAUGAGCGUUGCAUCAAUGCAUAUUUCGAAUGCAGUCACAGUGUGGCCCCUAUGCUAAAUGAGGUUGAAUUCAUAUCUACAUGGCAGGCUGGAAAUCGGCAAGAUGCCUCGUGGCUAGGGCUGCUCAAUAUGGUCUGCACAAUGGGAUCUAUUGCAGCUGGAGAUGAGCACUUACACAAGCUCUAUUAUCGGCGCGCACAGGCCCAUUUAACCCUGGAAACGUUCGGCUCUGGCAAUCUGGAGAGUGUCCAAGCCCUAUGUGUCUUGGCUGGUUGUUACCUCCAAUAUCAAAACUCGCCUAAUAUGGCCACUGCUAUCUUGGGUGCUGCCUACCGCAUGGCAUUGGCCCUGGGUCUGCAUAGAGAGUCUAGGAAAAGCAAUCCUCACAUCACAUCACCUAAUUAUUCUAGCUCUACCGCACUCAUGCCCACAGUGUCAAGAGUGGAGAUGCGACGCCGAACAUGGUGGUGCCUUUUCUGCUUCGACGUCUGGACUUCUAUGACUAUGGGCCGGCCUACAUCCGGACGAUGGGAUCCAUCUACAAUGGACAUCCACUUACCAAACUCUCUGGACUGCGCCAAUCACGCUGCUCAGUCCUUGUAUUCAAGCGCGAGAUUUUGCCUCAUAGCAAAUCGCAUUCAGGACAGGUUUGCACAGAUUGGACGCACAACUUUCGGAGAGGUACUCGCAUUCGACAAGGAGCUUCAAGACUGGCAUUCCAGCUUACCCGAGGCGCUCAAGGCACCAAGCCAGUGCCCUGAUCGGCUCCUAAUCGCUCGGGAUUUCAUGCACAAUCGGUACCUGAACCUCCGUCUAAUCCUGUAUCGGCCGACGCAACUCCGCCGCCUCAACCCGCGAGCAUCGAUCCACGAAAUAAGUCAGCAAGAGCUUUGCGUCCAGGCCACAUGUCAUGAAAUAGCCGUGGAAGCAGUCGAGUCAAUAACAAAGACUUGGACACCAAACCGCAUUCACGUGUGGAACGCCUCGUGGUAUUUGUUCCAGGCUGCAAUGGUUCCAUUGCUUACUCUGGCACAAAAGUCUGGCGAGCAGGGACUAGCACUAGAGUGCGACCUUUCUGCUUCGAAAGAUAUCCUGAGGAAAGUCCUGGAUCUGCUAAGCCAGAUGGCGCCGUGGAUGAGGUCUGCUGACCGUUCCCGCCACAUUAUCGUCUCUAUCUUCGACGCGCUUUCAAGUGCGGAAGCCUGCCGGACACCGUCGGUAUCAGAUGGAGAUCACAAUUUCUUUGGCUGGUACGAUGAUCAAGUUACGUUUGGAGAUGAGAUCGAUUGGAGUGCUUUCCUGGUCGACGAUGAGACCUUGAAUCAUGGAAGUUGGGGUACUUAUUAA